CUUUCCCCAGUUUCAUCCUGGUAUAAACUUGCUGACUCCAGUGGCGUUACACCUGGUUUAAGGCCUGAUCGGACACCCACUGGGCUGAUGGAAAGGCUUCCGCUGAUUUCAGUGGGCCUCAGUCAUGUUCCCUCUUCCUGGCAUUCCUGGGAGCAGAAUCAGGUCCGUUCGAUGGAGACUCCCCUGAUGGACACUGUGGGAGCAGAGGCAGCCCCAGAGUCCCUGCUGUGUGGAUGGACGGGAGCUGAAGCAAUGCAGGUGUUGCCGGUGUGCCAGGAAAAGGCGGUUCAGAGCAUCAGGGAGCAGCUGGCAAGGAGGGAGAGGCAAGUGUAUACCUCUGAGAAGCCUGAGACAUUGACCCCAGGCAUGAACAGUGUGGAGGAGGAAGAGGUGGAGGAUGGAAACAUGCAAUGGGGGAGCAGCUAUGCCAUGAGCCAGGACCUGUUUGAGACUCCACUGCAGUCCUGGCAGUCGAGCAUGGGCAAACCUGAUGCUGGGAAAGGAAUUUUGGCUGCAGCCGUUGUGGCCUGGAAGGGCUCCCUCUCCACGCCUGUGGAACACCUGAGCCAGAUAAGGAGAACAAAAAAGAGGACUCAGAAUGACAUUUUCUGUGAGAUCCUGCAAGCCAGUGUUGCACCAGACCCUGAACAGAGGGCCUGGCAAAUGAAUAUUGCAGAAUGUAUGGAAAGGGAAAGAGUGAACCGGCCAAAGGGCCCGGUGGCCCAGCAGGUAAAGGAGAGGGAGAUGCACCAAGACAUAAUGGAGCUUCUCUGGCAGCACACAGAUGCUGCAGACUCUUGUGGACUUGCCUCCCUUUGCAGUCUGGAGAACUGCAACAUAGCACCUCCCUACCUCCCCGAUCAACAUUCCACUGGGCAUCAGGGGCCGUGGCCCUCCCGCUCCACCCUGGGGGGCAGUAAGGACAACCACAGCAUCACAUACACUGAGAGCUAUGGCUGA